UUGAUAAAACCGCGGUAGAGUUUCAUUUCCAUCAGAAAAUGUUUUUGUGCUUUUUCUGCCCGAACGUGUUGCGCCUCGUGAUCUUGGAAAACAACAAGUCAGUUUAUGAACUAUUAUGUAUUUCUGAAUUUAUUUUGAAACCUACCAGGCAGAAUUAGCAUUUUUUUUUCAAAGAAAACUGCAUGGACUUCAGUGACAAGCCACCUGCAGGAAGAAUGCGCGGCAGCUCUCUUUAUCCAUUGCGAAGUCUGGUUGUCUCGUAAUAAUAAUACAAACCGACCUGUAUCAGUCAGGCAGCAGCACCGCACCGGGGAGUUCCUCGUCACCUUACUCUUGCUACUUGAAGAACAGCAUUUCAGCUUCAAAAACAGCCGCAAGAUGUUGUGCGCUUACUAAUGUUAUUUGGAAAGCCCAAUUUAUAAUAGUUUGACAUUUUUGGAGCAGCGCAAAAGUCUGAAGUAGACAACCUACUCAAAUCUUGAAAGAGAUGUUUCCUGACGCGUCGGAGAGCCCCAGUUUGAAGGACUCCAUCGCGUUCCUGCUCAAUGACUCGUGUGUCGGGUCGGGUCUGUGCAGGAACAGCUCGGGUCCGCUUAACCCCCCGUUCCUGGUCGAUGCCUGGCUCGUGCCCCUCUUCUUCGCCAUUCUCAUGGUGGUGGGGCUCGCGGGCAACUCACUGGUCAUCUACGUCGUUACCAAACACAAGAAAAUGAGGACUGUCACCAACUUCUACAUCGCUAACCUGGCCACCACUGACAUCAUCUUCCUGGUGUGCUGCGUGCCCUUCACCGCCGCUCUGUACCCACUUCCCAGCUGGAUCUUCGGGGAGUUCAUGUGCAAAUUAGUCAAUUACAUCCAGCAGGUUUCUGCCCAGGCGACGUGCGUGACUUUGACAGCGAUGAGCGUUGACCGCUGGUACGUGACGGUGUAUCCACUGCACUCCUUGCGACAGAGAACUCCUCAAGUCGCCGCCACAGUGAGUCUGGGGAUCUGGAUAGGCUCAUUCUUGGUGUCCAUCCCAGUCCCCAUGUACCACCGGAUAACCAAAGGGGAAUGGUUCGGACCACAGACCUACUGCACUGAACACUUCCCCUCCAUCUCCCACGAGAAAGCCUUCAUCCUCUACAAUUUCCUGGCGGUCUACUUGCUCCCCCUAGUGACCAUCUGUGUGUGUUACACCGCCAUGCUAUGCCAGAUGGGGCGCCCCACUGUGGAACCAUCUGACAACAACUAUCUGCUGCAGUUGCUGGCGGGGCGCUCGGAGGCGAUGAGAGCCAAGAUCUCCCGCAUGGUGGCUGUGAUGGUGCUUCUCUUUGCCCUCUGCUGGGGCCCCAUCCAGCUCUACAUCCUGGUGCAGGCCUUCAGCCCCAGCUUUGAGCGUGACUACUACAUCUACAAGGUGAAGAUCUGGGCUCACUGCAUGUCCUACACCAACUCCACUGUCAAUCCGAUUGUGUACUCCUUCAUGGGAACUAACUUCCGCAAGGCCUUCAAGAAAGCCUUCCCCUUCAUAUUCAAGCAGCGCAUCGCGGCCGCCAACCUUCCCCAGGGCACUGCCAACGCAGAGAUGCACUUCAUCUCCUCUGGAUCUCAGAUUGCACCCACGAGCCAGGAGUAAGUGGACCACCCGAGGCUACCCCUAGACCCUGCUAAUGUGGCCCAUGGAAUCGGAGGCUGUUGUUAAGUUGCACUGUUAAGUAGUGCAUUCUUUUUAAGAAAUUGGAGCACCACAGAAACCAAUGCUGUGAGUUUGUUUUAUGACAAAGAGACCAGCAGGGAUUACAUAUACUAGUGUACCCUAUUAUUUAGUCUUUUUCCCCAUGUCCAAUAAUGUUCCUCCUGCCAAUUUUGCCUAAUCUGCAGGAGUGCCAGGGCCAAUACGACGCUUCCUGUGGAAUCCCCGGCAACAACCAGCAGCUUCAUACAUGCAAGACACAAGUCUGCACUGCCGCGGCUGUGCUUUUACCAGGUGAGCCACGCAG